UCAAAGUAAGAGAGAUGUCAAGCGGACUUCAUUGAGGACUCCACCUGUUUCUAAGGCUGCUGUGGCCAUGAACACUCUACUUGAAAAAGGAUGACAUCUAAAUGUCAGUCUUCAGAUUUCCUGCCGCAAAACCUGACUGCUGGAACCGUUAUGUGGGAGUCGAACCUCUCCAAAUCUUCACAGGACGGCGCUGACAAAAGCGCCAGCUGUGGCUCUGUGUCCGUGUUUUUUCCCAUCACUAUGAUGGUCACUGGAAUGGUCGGAAACUCUCUCGCGAUGCUGCUAGUUUAUAGUGCAUACAGGAAAAAAGAAAAUAAAAGGAAGAAAUCGUUUCUGCUUUGCAUCGGCUCUUUGGCGUUAACUGAUCUUUUCGGCCAACUGCUCACAAGUCCGAUUGUCAUUUCGGUGUACAGAGCAGAUCUGAAAUGGAAACGCGUGGAUCCCUCGGGAACUCUGUGCGCUUUCUUUGGGGUGUGCAUGACCACUUUUGGCUUGUGUCCACUCUUUUUAGCCAGUGCCAUGGCCAUUGAGAGGGCCUUGGCCAUCACUGCCCCUCACUGGUACUCACAUUACAUGAAUACCAACGUGACCAAGCAGGUUCUGGUCAUCAUCUGGUGUCUGGUUUUGCUGUUUGCCUUCUUGCCCAUCGCUGGGGUUGGAAAGUACACACUGCAGUGGCCAGGCACUUGGUGCUUCAUAACUACAGGUGACAAGGACGUAACGGGAAAUACAUUUUUUGCCACGACUUUUGCGGCAUUGGGGAUAUUUUCUUUGCUGGUCACGUUGUCGUGUAAUGUUGUGACCAUCCGUGCUUUGGUUACACGUUGCAAAACGAAGGCAACCUCGACCCAGUCAUCCAAGCAAUGGGAGAGGUUAACAACAGAGACUGUUAUUCAGUUGAUGGGCAUUAUGUGUGUGCUGUUGACAUGCUGGUCACCUCUACUGGUCCUUAUGUUAAAGAUGAUCUCUACCCACACAUCCUCGCAUCAAUGCAGUUCUGCUGCUGUAUCUCUCUCAUCCCAGGACUUACAGAUGGACUGUAACUUCUUUCUCACAGCCAUACGCCUGGCCUCGCUCAAUCAGAUUCUGGAUCCAUGGGUUUACCUGCUCCUGAGAGAGAUUCUUCUGAGGAAGUUCUGCCAGGUGGCCAGCGCAGUAUCCAAGUGCUCACUGGAUGUGCAGAAGGAAACUCAGUGUCCUCUAGAUGCCCUAAAUAAAAAGGCCAUUCAGAAUGAUAAAGUUCACAAACAGUCCCUUAACAUGGAGAACAGUAACUUGAAUGGGGGAAACGAGGAACAGUGACUUGAUAGUGGUACAGAAUUUUCCAAAAUGAGGACAAAAUGGCAGAGGGUAUAGUCACCCACAGUCAGAAUAAUAAUAAGAUAGAAAUUUUCCAGAUGUAUUUGUGGAUUGUUGUGUUGAUGCAAACUACCAUGCAAACGCGUCACUCUUGUGUUGUUGUCAGUCAAAGAGAUUUUGUUCAUGGUUUCUCAGCAACCUCUGAAAUGCAACAAAAAGGCAAGACCUUAAAAUAAUUACAUAUGCAGGGUUCCACACUGUCAUGGAAUAAUUUGAUAAUAUCGUGCAUUUUACAUAUGGAAAUUAAUUGUUCAAAUGGUGUGGGAAUCCUGCAUACACAACAGCAAUAUUAGCAAAUUAGAUUUGGAUAAACAAAAGCGAAAUCAUAAACUGAAGUUUGCCAGCGCUCAUGGAAACUGAUUAUUUUAAACUACAUUCUGUGUUGUUACUAUACAGCAAAAUCCUUUUAUUCACCUGCCAACUGCAAGAAAAUAAUGAAGGAAUAUUUCUUGAUGCUAAUUUAUGUUCUGUUAUAUAACAUUUCAGAGCUAUUUAUUGUGCAGUAAAGCACUGAAUGGUCUCAAAUACUUUUUUCUUUAACUCCUCAUCCUCAUGGCUAAUUUUAAAACCUCUCAUAAACUCUUAACUUCUCUUUAGAUUUAUUGUGUGCAUUUCUCAAUGCCAAGGCUGCAGAGCUCUUUUUGAUGCUGAUAACUGAAACCGUGGGCACAUUUAAUUGAAUUCCAUGCUUGGGUUUUUCAGUUGGAUUCCUGAGGUAAGUAAAUGUAAAAGUGCAAACUAAUUUAAUAGUUUAGUGAGAUACUUUCUGGCCUUGGAACAGUCCAUUCAGAGUGUUCAUUUUAAUAGCCAAUGCUUGACACACAGAGUGCCUCAAGGUGCUGCAUCUUUUUAUGUGCAAUAUACUUGAUCAUAUCAAUUGCCACCAUAAACCAAAAGACUUUAAAAUUCAAACGGAAGGCAAUUUCAACAGAUGAUGAUUAGUCAUUCGUGGAAAUUGAUUUUUUUUAUAACAGUUGUUGUCAGGAAGGCAUUAAAGCUGUGUUCUGUUCGGUUCUUUUACAUCCUUUUAGUGGUAUAAAUUACAUAACAUUUGAGGUAGUUUGACUUGAGAAAUAUAUAAUGACUGGUAUGACUGGCGCAGCUGUUUUACAUUAUUCUUGGGUGAUGCAUGCAGUAAUUUUUGUUUGUUGAAUUUUAAUUGAUCAAACAUAAAUUAUUGGCAAGGAUGACUGAAGUUCUUCUUCUAAUUGGGCCCUUCAGUUGCACAUCAGUAAUUAUGCAUCUUGCCAUGUGUGACUGAACAUCAUUUCAGCAUAUUAUAUGUUUGCACUGUGCAGUUGGUGAUUGUUUUAGAGAGGACCCAUGAAUCAUCAUUUAUGUUAAAUAGCAGGUUAUAUUCAUGGCAAUCUGCAAAUACAUUUGUGAUUUAUUAUACAAUAUUAGAAGGAAAGAGCAAUUUGUAUUUAAAGAAUAAUUACAAUCAAUAAUUUCUUAAAGGAAAACAUUGUCAAAAAUAAUGUUUUAUAAAGCACUGUCUGUUUCAAAUUCUAUAAAACCAACACACACACAAAAUAUUUGCACCAGUGAUUUUACACCCUACCGAUUCAAAAAAAAUGAGCAAGGAAGAUGCAAAAGCAUAUGUCUAGGAAAAAAGGGAGAGGCAAGGUAAUGUAUUUUCCUGGAGGUCAGAGCUGUAUGAAAUUGGUGGAUGUGAAAAGGUGCCGUGACCAGUAAAUACAUUUGAAAGACUGAAUAAGGGAGUAAAAAAUUGCUAGUUUUCUGUUUCCACCAAAAAGGGCUUUUGGCAAAUCCAAAUAAUAACCUCAGAGAAACAUCAGUGAAAACUGAUUUCUGAUUGCUCUGGAAAUUAUGUGGUAGCCUAUUUGCAAAAGUGCAUAGUUGUCAGAGGGAACCGGAAUACUUUUGUAAAUGGAUUUAACAUUUGACAUAUGCUCUCAGGCAGCGAUUACAGAGUAAAAUUAAUGAAACUGACAUGGGACUUAAUUAACAGUGAAAUGAAUGUGGCUCAUGCUGCACUGUCAGACACCUAGUUGUGCUUAACUUGCCAUUGUCCGCUUGGGUAGCUGCUGAACAGGGCAAUGGAAAAUAGAAUGAUUGCAUAAUAUUUCAUUGCCAAAUUAAAAGUUCCAGUGUAUCCAUGAGUACAAAAGCAGGUCUCCUGUCAGCUCACUGGUGCAUUGAGCUGAUAAAGAACAUCUGACUUGUAACCAUUCAGUGCAUGAAUGUGACUGAUUCUUAUUUAGUCCACAGUGGUACAGUGAUAUAAUCUACACUAAAGCUUUUCCGAGCAUUGUAUUUAUGUUGCCAAAGGCAUCUUAUUAUCUGAGUUUCUUUCAUAUAGAAAGGUUUCAUUAUAUUUUUUUCUCUCAUCAUAUACUCGCCCUUACAAACUCAUUUGGUUUUAUGUUUGAAAGAGAGCUUUUAAGGUUCAAGUAAAAGCACCAUAAAAGCAAAAAACACAUCUGUUCAUCAUACUAAGCUAAUGUAUGGCUUCAGAGGAAAUAUAUAAUUAAUGCAAACAUUGUAUGGACUACUUUCAUGUUGCUCUUGAAUCUCUUUUGAAGCUCCAGUCAUUCUUCUUUGUAAUUUCAUUGGACAAAAAAAACAUCCAUUCAUCUUUUUAUUAUUUUUAUUAUUAUUAUUUUCCAAACUGAUGUAGAGAUGGGAAAAAAUGUCCCAGAGGAAAAAGAAAGUCAUAUGAGUUUGGAAUUGAUUCUUUCUUGUUAAUGUGCUAUUUAAUGCAAAGACUUUCAUACAUUUUUAUGUGUAAUUAAGUAUCAGUACAUUUAUUUGCCAAUGUAAGUAAAAAAAAAACUACAGAGCACCAUUGAUUUUUUCUGUAAUCAUAAUUCAUAAUAUAGGUACAGGCAAUAACAGCUGCCAAGUAAUAUUUGCAUGUGAAGCCACCAGCAAAUAAUUUUAGAUUAUAACCCACCUGUGAAUGUUCUAAUGCCAGAUGCCAAAUCACGGAUGCCAUGAAAUGUGGCAAGUCUGCAUUACAAACAGGGUUUCAUGAAUGUAUUUCGAGUUUUACAUUUACUUAUUGUGUACGACAACGCGUACAGCUCUGGGACUCCGUUCACAGCUAGAGCUGUCAUUAGGCUUGUAUCAACAGAUGGUCAUGGUGCUGCUUGUGUGUUUUUGAUAAGAAAUGUUUGCAUAUGCUUGCAACUGUUUGACAUGUCUACUAACUGCUCUGAUGUGCUUGCCUUGUAAUGAUGCUUCUAAAGUGUAUCAUUAUUUGA